ACAGGGCACAUCGAGCCGGUGUGUGCAAAUACAGUUCUAUUAUUGGAAGGCAACAUGUUAGAUGGAGAGGGUCAGAGGGCUGCUAUGGAGACAGGAAGUACGACAGGUGAUGGCGACAGAACUGUCGACGAUAUGGAAUAUACACCAUGCCUCAACGCCGACAGACCCAGCCAGCACUUGAGUCCCUUGUUGGUAGGCAACCCACAUUCCCUUUCUGCUGCCACUCUAGCCAAAUGCAAUUUUGCGGCUACGAAAUACAAAGGUCAGUUGCUGCGACUGCUUCUGGGAGUAUCUCUUGUCGCUAUUGCAUUGUCCAUCUGGUUUCUUGAUCCUGUGGAGCUUCUUAUCAGAAAGUUGUUAGCCUUUCACGAGGGAUCGUACUUAUAUGAGCACUGGAGGAAUCCUCCAAUUCCCAUCAAACACAAUGUUUUUGUGUUCAACGUAACGAAUGCUGAUGGUUUCCUACACCGCGGAGAGAAACUUCGUGUCGAAGAGGUUGGACCAUAUGUAUACUCGGAACAUGUGAACAAUGUUGUUCUUAACUUUAACGAUAAUGGUACGAUCACUUACAUCCCUAAUCGUACAGAGACAUUUUCAGAGGAACUGUCAGAAAGGAAUGCCAAAGAAGACAUCGUUAUAAUACCCAACUUAGCCCUGAUUGCGCUGGUUUCGAUAGUGCACAAGUAUCCUUUUUACCUUAGAUGGCUUGCCAUAAAGAUGCUAGCCCCACUAAAUUCGCAACCAUUCAUCUCCAUUACUGUGAACGAACUGAUGCUGGGAUAUGAAGACCCGCUCGUCACGCUGGGCAAUACGUUUUUAUCAAAGACUCUUCCCAUAACCAAAAUAGGAAUUCUUGAUAUGAUUCAACGGAUGAAUGACACUAUUACCAUGUUUACCAGCCCAGACGACCCGUCGAGAACAGAUCCCAAGCUUUACAGGAUCGACGUGAUGAAUGGUUCUCCUGGUUUAGAGAACUGGGGAUACGGUGAAAAGUACGUAGAGACAGCUAAUGGCACCAUCGUUCCAGAACUGCAGAAAUGUAAUUCUGCUAGAGGCACAUACGAUGGAGUAAUCUUACCAAGGUACCUUCCAGAGAACGAGACUAUGUGGGUAUACCGCAAGUACUUUUGUCGGCCUAUACCAGCAGUAUUUGAGAAAAACGUAACAGCAUAUGGUCUGAAGUUACGCCAGUACAAAUUAAAAGAUGACGCAUACGACACUCCUGACAAGAAUCCGGAUAAUUCGUGCUAUUGUGAUGGCAAAAACCGAGAUUGUCUACCGACAGGUGUAGCAGAAGUUUCUCCUUGUUAUUUCAAUGUCCCAGCUGCGAUAUCUAACCCCCACUUCCUGAACGGAGAUGAAAGUCUUCUACAAGCUAUCGAUGGGCUCUCUCCAGACAAAGAGAAGCACGAGUCACAUUUCUCAGUUUUAACGGAUUUGGGACUGCCAAUUCAAGGAAACUGCAAAAUACAGAUUAACCUUAUUGCAAGAACGAGCAGCAUGAAAAGUAUUUCUGCUUUCCAUGGCAUGUUUUUGCCGAUAUUAUGGUAUGAGACGAUUAUCGGUCCUUAUCCUGCCGGUUUGAUGCUUCUGAUAAAGGUGGCGGUGAAUGAGGGUCCAAUAAUCCUACAAGUACUUGCAGUACUGUUUCUCAUUGCAGGUUUAAUAUUGGUGCUUCUGAUAAUUUCGCAACAGUUUUAUCCACUAACACACUUGAAAAACAAGCUCAAUGCAGUUCGUUUCCUAAAGAUAAGUGAAACAUAAUUAGAAAUAUCUACAGAGUCUGGCACAACAAGGCCUCACAGACGAAAACCAUUGGAAGACUGUCAACCCUCAAUCCAAUACAGGGAGAGUCGCCUGUUGCAAACAAACGUUCAAUGAGCCAUUUGUGUGUUCUUCUACAGUAGCCGAGUGUGAGCCGUCUCUAAAAGAACAGCAUAUUAACUUACUGCUGAAGCUCACAUGUGUCACUGCCGGUGAGUCUUUUACUGAGACUAAACCUACACCUUUGCCCUGCAAUUCCGGGACAUACAAUGAAUAUCGCGCAACACUGUUUCUCAGAAUCUUGAAAUGCCAUAGUUGAAACUGUGUGUGGUAGAUAAGUGAAAUAUCACCGUAAAUACUUGUGCAGUUUGAUUGUAGUAAUGGCCACAGCAGAAAGUAAUUAUAAAAAGCCUGGUUUAGUAUCCCAGAGAGCAGUACAUGACACUAAGAGUAAAUCCACAUUCAGUAAAGGUAGCAUCAUAUUAUGGAUUUCCCCUGCAUUAGCAUCAAUGUGUCUGUUUGCAGUAGUACCUGAAGUUCUGCUGGAUGCAGUUAAUGCAAGUAGAGCUUCUGAUCUCGUAGUAAUAUUACAAACCGUUGUUAUUAGCGGCUGCAUGAUCUAAACCGGAUGCUUCGUUGCAAUGUCAUCAAAAAUGUUAACACAGAAUGAAAAGUCUCAUGUCUCUCCAAAUGAUUAUGGCUCAGUGCAUAAGAAAUACAUAAGAUGUCUAACAUUUUGGUGGAAAUUAUUGUUUCUUUUAAUUAACCACUCAAUACCAGAGGGGGGGGGGGGGGGAAGUACUUUGUCUCCACCUUUCGAAAAUAUUGUGAUGUACUUAGCUUCUUAAUAUUUAAAUAUUUUUAAAAAAACUCUCAUUUUUAAUGAAGUUUUCUGUCGGCUUCCAUACAGAUUUAAAUUUUUCAGUUAAACUUAACUCAAAAAUGUAAGUUUCAUUUGUAGAUGUCACUUUCCCCGAUGAAAGUCGUAUUCAAUAUUUACAGGUUCAGAACGUUACUUAACAAACCAAUAAUUCUUUAAAAAGUGAUUUGAGAGUAAAAUUAAACAAUAAUGAAGGAUAUUUGCAAUGUUAAAAUUUUUGUGGUUGCCACAAAGGUCAUAGCAAACGUUACUGAAAGUACACACGAAUUAGCUAAGAAUGUGCUAAAAUUAUUAUCGGGUUCUGGAUCAUACUUACACAUCAGUACAUCUUUAGAAUGGAUGUUGUUAAUGUAAUUCAAAAACUAUUAAUGUAUUUUUAUUAUAUUUAAUUUUCUUACGGUGUGUAGAAAGUACCUGCCUCGCACUGGAUAACGUGAGUUAUGGUAAAUGCAUUGACAUUGUGAGGGUUAAUCGAAUACAACGUACUGAAACCAAGUUUUGUUAGAAAAACACUGAAAUUUUCAUUUGCUGAUGAGAACGCUCCCAUGAACUUGUUCUUAUAAACCACAUUAAGAAUGUUUCAUAUUAUAGCACAUUUGUAAGUUGGUGAACUAAGUAAAUGACCAAAGUAUUAUACUACGAGUGUCAACUCUAAUUUUCGACGUAUGUAUAUAAAUAAAACCAGGUGGUAAAUUGACUAAGACAAGAAAAAUA